CUCCAGGCUGAGCCUCCCCGCUCUUCGCUCCGCGCCGGCCCCCCCCUCGCCGCGCCGCUCUUUCUCCCCGCGGGGGCUCCGCGUCGGCAGCGCCAUGUGGAGCGCGGGGCCGCGCGCGGCCGAGCCCGGCCCGUACAGCGAGGCGCAGCGGCUGGCGCUGGAGGCGCUGGUGGCGGGCGGCCCCGCGGCGCUGCGCGCCUUCCUGCGCCGGGAGCGGCUGCCGCCCUUCCUCUCGGAGCCCGAGGCGCGGGCGAUCGCGCGGGGCGCCCUGCCGCCCCCCCCGCCGGCCGAGCCCGAGCGCGGCGCCUCGCCCGCCGCCUCCUCGCUCACCUACUUCCCCGAGCGCUCCGACCUGGAGCCGCCGCCGCUGGAGCUGGGCUGGCCGCGCUGCGCCUUCCGCGGGCUCUCGCGGGUGGAGGCGCGCUUCCAGCCCGGCUGCAAGGAGGAGGUGCGGCGGCAGAUCCGCUCCGCCAGACGGAUGAUUGCCCUGGUUAUGGAUUCCUUCACAGAUACCGAUAUCUUCAAAGACCUGUUGGAAGCUUGUAACCAGCGGCAAGUUAAAGCAUACAUCCUUCUAGAUCAGUCUUCGUCUUCCCACUUUCUGAAGAUGUGCGAGGAUCUGGGAGUUGACCUGCAACAGGAAAAGUCAAUGAGAGUCCGAACUCUCACAGGGAACACAUACUGCUUGAGGUCGGGUGCCAAGAUUAUUGGAAAAGUCCGCGAGAAGUUCAUGUUAAUUGAUGGCAUUACAGUGACAACAGGCUCCUACAGUUUUACAUGGAUGGAUGGGAAGCUGAAUAGCAGUAACGUUUUGAUCCUGUCAGGCCCCGAAGUUGAACACUUUGACCUGGAAUUUCAGGUUCUUUAUGCACGGUCAAAGCCUAUCAACCUCAAAGAGUUACCCAGCUGCGAAAAGAACAAGGUGUUGGACCAGCUGGUUAGGGUAACAGUGGCGUCCAGAGACUUGGCCCGGGAAAACUUCAUGAGAAUGGACUUUUUGUAUCUUAGAGCAUUUGUAGGAAAUCUAAAAAGGAAGCAAAACUGGCUGCAUGGCUCGAGGGAGGUAGUCUACCUGUCAAAUAAUGCACUGCAUGCCUCUCCUCCACUGACUAAGAGGAAUGGCUCUCUAGUUAUGAGGCCACACUGGAUCAUAGAGAGAUGAACAAGAAACUUCUCCAGGCUGAACAACCCCAACUCAGCCUGUCUUU